GUAGCCGCAGCCUCGCCUACAUCUCGCCUAUGGAUCUGAAGGAAGUAGGCUUGUGUAAUAAUAAUUCUCUUUGGCUUGUCGACAUACGGGCCUGCACUCGUCGCUCCCGACUGAAAUAGCGUGAAGGAAAGGCGCACCGACAGUGGCAGCGGCGGCAGCGGAGCGGCGGAGCGGGCGCGACGCGGGCGGCGCCAGCAUGACGCCGGAGUCGCGCCGGUCGUCCAACAGCUGGUCGCGCAGCGGCGCCGCGCCGCCGCCCGACAUCAUCGACCUGGACCGCUACAUGCGCGCGGCGCGGCCGCCGGCGCCGGCGAGGGCGCGGCCGCUCCGCCGCGACCAGCUCGGCGAGCGGUUGGUGGUGGACAGCGGCGGUGCGCGCGACAAAGUCGGCUGCCGCAACAGCUACAGCACGAGCUGCGCCAAGCGUUACUCGCACGACUCCGGACUGUCCGACGACGGCAGCUACGGCCCGCGGCCGCGCAACCCGGCCAGGCGCGGGGCGACGUCGCACAGCGCUCCUCGCGCAACGCAUUCCACCCACUCGAUGCGCAAAUUCCGCGUCGCGUGCGAGCGCGCGUUACGGGAUCAGCAGCAGCAAAUCGCGCGGGUGGCGCGGCUGUGCGACCGGCUGACGGCGGUGGCGACGGGCCCCCCGCGGCCGUCGCCGCCCCGCUCGCUGGCGGCGGACGCCUCGCUGUCGUCCGACUCGAGCGACUCCUCGUACACGAGUCGCUCGCGAUCCGAGCGCGACCGUCGCCGCAAGGACAAUAUUAGGUCGGGCGAAUGCAAGACGUACAAGAUAAUAAUGUCAAAACUAGACGAGCUGAACCGCGUGUUUAUGGCUCGCGGUCGGUCGCCGACGCGGCCGGGCACGGGCGGCGGCGUGGCGGCGGCGCGGCGGCCGCGCGCCCUCUUGGUCUCGUCCGGUUCCGUGUCCGUGUCGGACAAGGUCGUGGCCACGGAGUCGCAGCUGUUAACGCCACAGUUACUCGCGCCUAAUACGGCGGCCAAGCGACUGGUGGAGCGCGCAGUGGGUCAGUCGCUGCCGUCGUCGCUGACGUGCGUCCAGGUCGCGGUGCCUGGGCAUAACGCCAGCUACCGGCUGGAGCAGCCGCGGUCCCCGAGAUGCGUCUGCCCAGCGCAGCACGUAGCCACUGUCCAUAGGUUAUUAAAGUGUCCUUCGACCGAAGAGAUGGACUGCAGCGUCCUCCGCAGUCCUCGGCGGGCCGACUGCUGUGCGGACGAUGGUGGGCAGGUGUACAGGGAAUCGAAGCGAGCACACUCGUGUCGGCGGACGCGCAGCGCGGACAGCGGCCGGGGGCUGCCGAGGGACCGCGCGGGGGGCGCGGGCGCGGCG